CGAUCAGUUAUACAUACAUAUAUAUAUAUAUAUAUAUAUCAGUUCAACCCUGAAUUGAAUUGAAGUCCGAUUGUUGUUGCUCAUCUUCUUCGUGCUGUGAUGGUCUCAAAUCCAUCAACCAUUGACACUUCGUCCUGGGAUGGAACCCUCUCCUCACGUGACUUCUGUCUUGCGGCACGUGCUUUCUCUGAUAUAUGGAAAACCUCCAAUCCUGCUAUGCCUCAAUGGUCAUGGGUAGUCCCUUCUCCAAAACUACCUCUCAUUGCUCCCCAUCAAGUAGAAGGGUAUUUAUUGCUAGAGAAUGUGAUUCUUCCCAGGUUUAGUGAGGAAGAUCAUGAUGAAGGAAGUCAUACUCAAAAAGAAGAGCCCAGUUGUUCUGAUCAGGAUGAGCCUAUUGAUAGUGCCAUUUUGGUAAAGAGCUGUGGUGGUGAAUUACAUCACUAUGACUUCCAUAUUGUGUACAGCACUUCAUAUCGUGUCCCAGUGCUAUAUUUUCGUGCUUAUUGCAGUGAUGGACAACCUUUGGUGUUGGAUGAUUUUGAAAAGGACCUUCCUGCCAAUUCUGUGAAGGCAAUAACAGAAUCAAAAUGGACCUUCAUUACUCAGGAGGAGCACCCAUACUUGAACAGGCCAUGGUACACACUACAUCCAUGUGGGACCAGUGAAUGGAUAAAGCUGCUUUUAACUGCCGAAGCUUCCAUGGCUAAAGGUGCAUGUGCAAUUGAGAAAUAUCUGGUAUCGUGGUUCUCAGUUGUUGGGCAGGUGAUUGGUCUUAGGCUCCCCUUUGAAAUGCUGAGUGAUAAUGCUCAGUUGUAGUUGAUAACUAACGUUUGGAUGAGACAGUCUAUUAGUUUUAACAUUUUUUUUUUUAGGAUAGUUUAACAAGAAUACAAGAUUAUUAAACACAAUUCCAAAAUCUCCUAGGCUAAAUACAUUUGUUGUAUCUAUAUCACAAAUAAUUUUAUUUAUGAUGAAAUAUUAUUAGAUCGUA